CAACUCUGACUUAAUCCUGAGACAGAGAGAAAGACCACCCCACACCGUUACCUCAAUGUUGUAUGAAGGUGGAGUCAUCUGGGGGUAGACAGAGAGAAACAGAGAGAGAUGAGGAGAGAACGAGAGGAGCAGGGCAGCAGAAGAAGACAUGGAUUAUCUGACAUGCGCCUGGAUUGACCAGCGUUCCUCUUCAAGUUUUCCUCCUCACAGUGAAAUCUGAAAAUGCUUUUCUGCACAUGUGGAGUGUAGCAGCUCUUGGACAUCUAGAUUGUGUGCUGUGUCUUUUUUUUAAAUUUCACUGGAAGUAAGGGUUUUUACAGAUGUCAAACUUUCUACCUGGAUAUCAGUGAACUUUACAUUUUUUCUUAAACUGAGAAACUGCCUGGAAAUACAAGGGACACACUGACGAAGCCAAGAAUAAUAGUCAAGAUUUCGCAAACAAGAAAGAAACAAGAAAGAAAGUGGAAAAAACAGGUUUGUUACUGGAAAACACACAUGCAGUAAUUGGUGUAUUUUUUUAUGUAAUCUUUUUUUCAUUCAUUUCUUUAUUUUUCAAAAAAGACUUUCUGGUCAUCAGCCUGAAACCUUUCAAUAGUGAUGAAAGGAACUCAGUGACUAGUUGAGUAACAGUCAUUACUCUAUCAAACACAAUUCAGAGGAAAUCUAAGGAUUUCACACAGGUGCUAAAAAAUCUGGACUCUGCAGGGGGACCAUCUUGCCCAGCCUGGACUUUGGAGGGCUCCCCUCCCUGCCCUCCCAGCCUAUCCUUGCCCCCAGCAGCAUGUCCCAGGCUCUGAGGCUGCCUCUAGUCCUCCACACAGCACACUACCAUGAUCAGAUGGGCUGCUGGAGGGAUUAAGGCUGCCUCUGCCUCGUCCUGCUCCAGGGCUGGGUUAGGGGCUCGUUCUGGCUCUGGGACCAACUCCAGACUAAGGUCAUCAACACUGCUUUCCUCUCUGUCUUUGCCUUUCCUUCUGGCCUUGGUGGUUUUCUCCUUUUCCCUAUCUGGGGCGGCCUGCCAUCAUCUCCGCAGAGAAAGACUGAGGCUUUCCAACCCACGAACUCUUAGAGUUCCACUGAACAUUUCAGAGACUGAGCUCAUCUCAAGGCCCAGGGCCACUGGGGGUCCCCUGGGUCGGACUGGGGGACCACAAGGUAGACAUGUGCGCAGCUACAAUCAUCUCCAAGGGGAUAUACGGAGGAGGAAGCUGUUCUCUUUCCAGAAGUUCUUCCUGAGGAUCGAUAAGAAUGGAACAGUCAGUGGGACCAAGAGCAAGGAUGACCCUCUCAGUAUCCUGGAAAUCACUUCAGUGGACGUGGGAGUGGUGGCCAUCAAAGGGCUGAACAGCAACUACUAUCUGGCUAUCAACAAGAAGGGAGACCUGUACGGAGCGAAAGAGUUCAGCGUCGACUGCACCCUGAAAGAGCGGAUUGAGGAGAACGGCUACAACACGUAUGCAUCCGCUAAGUGGAAGAACAAGAAGCGGCAGAUGUUUGUGGGUCUAAAUGUCCAUGGGAAGCCGCUCAAAGGGAAGAAAACCCGCAGGAAGAACACGGCCACCCAUUUCCUUCCAAUUAUGGUGUGAGCUGAAGAACUCCACUGGAAAGGGAGAAUAUGCAGCACUGGACAGAGAGGUUUUCAGUACUGAAAAGCUGUAAAAUAAGGACGUUCACUGGGAAAUCUCUCAUUUGGAAACAAGGCACUAACACUGUUAGACAAAAAUAUGGUCUCUGCUCCUGACUUUGAUUGAGAUCAUGUCCUUUAUUUGGUGGGAGAAGGUGACAUCUGUGUUUUCUGUGGCAUGGGAUGCAAUAUUUAUCCUUUCUUUCUGUGCCAAACAGUUUGCAACUGCAGUAUGUGUGUGAUGUGGUGAAGACAGGAGAUACUGUCCCAGCUAAUAAACUGUAGUAUAUGCAGAGGUAUCUCAAGAUAUUAUUUAUAAUCCAUAUUCUCCUGUGAGACAUAAAGGGGAGAGAUAAAAAACGACUACAGUAAGAUGAGGGAAAUGAUCAGUCAAGUUUAUUGUGACAGCAUUAAAUAAUAGCGGAUACCACACAUUUAAAGCAAAUGUUUGAUACGUAACCACUGUGUUUUGACUGUAUUGUAAUGAUUUAUUUAUUUUGUGAAAUAUUUAACUGGAGGGGAACACUUACAAGGCAAGCAUUCCUUUGCAUGCUUUACUUUUUAUAGGAACUCUAUUAUGUGAAAAUAAAAUUACCAUU